AUGAGAUCAUAGUUUCAGGAUCCUCAGGAAACCCUGGUACUGGCAGCAGCCAGCCUCUGCUGUGCCCACAUGACCCACAACUCUGGCAGCGGACCCGGCACUUCCAACAUUAUUAAAUAAUAAGAAAGCGGCUCCUACUCCGAGCCCAAACCUCCCUACAGACCCAUGGACACCUUCUAAGAGUUUGGCGAGUCGGAGACGGGGGCGUCGGUCCAUUGCAAGCUCAGUUAAGACUUGAGUCUGAAAACCUUGUCACUGCUGUGAGGAUUGUGCUAUCAACAUCGCAUCCAAAGAUCUAUGCUCAUAUAAGACCUAUUUCUGGAAGACACACUAGAGAGAAAUAGGAUUUACCAGUCUCUGAAUGAAGUGCUUGAGGAGUCUUUACAUGCCAUAGUCAACUGCAAUUUCAAAGAAGAGAAAAUAGAUGAUUUCGGAAAGUUCAUGCUGUUUCUUCACUGAAUUUUAGAAUGAUUGAAGAUAGUGGGAAAAGAGGAAAUACCAUGGCAGAAAGAAGACAGUUGUUUGCAGAAAUGAGGGCUCAAGAUCUGGACCGUAUCCGACUUUCCACCUACAGAACAGCUUGCAAACUUAGAUUUGUUCAGAAGAAAUGCAACUUGCACCUGGUGGACAUUUGGAACGUCAUAGAAGCUUUGCGGGAAAAUGCGCUGAACAACCUGGAUCCAAACAUAGAACUCAAUGUGGCCCGCUUAGAGGCUGUGCUCUCCACCAUUUUUUACCAGCUCAACAAACGGAUGCCUACCACUCACCAAAUCCAUGUGGAGCAGUCCAUCAGCCUCCUGCUCAACUUCCUGCUGGCUGCCUUUGACCCGGAAGGCCAUGGUAAAAUUUCAGUAUUUGCUGUCAAAAUGGCUUUAGCCACCUUGUGUGGAGGGAAGAUCAUGGACAAAUUAAGAUAUAUUUUCUCAAUGAUUUCUGACUCCAGUGGAGUGAUGGUUUAUGGGCGAUAUGAUCAAUUCCUGCGAGAAGUCCUCAAAUUACCCACAGCAGUUUUUGAAGGCCCCUCAUUUGGUUACACAGAACAGUCAGCUAGAUCCUGUUUCUCCCAGCAGAAAAAAGUGACGUUAAACGGUUUCUUGGACACGCUCAUGUCAGAUCCUCCCCCGCAGUGUCUGGUUUGGCUGCCCCUUCUCCAUCGACUGGCAAAUGUAGAAAAUGUUUUCCAUCCAGUUGAAUGUUCCUACUGCCACAGCGAAAGUAUGAUGGGAUUUCGCUACCGAUGCCAGCAGUGUCACAAUUACCAGCUCUGUCAGGAUUGCUUCUGGAGGGGCCAUGCCGGCGGUUCCCAUAGCAACCAGCACCAAAUGAAGGAGUACACCUCAUGGAAAUCACCUGCUAAGAAGUUAACGAAUGCAUUAAGCAAGUCUCUAAGCUGUGCUUCUAGCCGUGAACCUUUGCACCCCAUGUUCCCUGACCAGCCUGAGAAACCGCUCAACCUGGCCCACAUUGUGCCUCCCAGACCUGUAACCAGCAUGAAUGACACCUUGUUCUCUCACUCUGUCCCCUCCUCAGGAAGUCCUUUUAUUACCAGGAGUAUGCUUGAGAGUUCAAACCGGCUUGAUGAAGAACACAGGCUGAUUGCCAGAUACGCGGCGAGGCUGGCGGCGGAGUCCACUUCUUCUCAACCAACUCAGCAGAGAAGUGCUCCUGACAUCUCCUUCACCAUUGAUGCAAAUAAGCAGCAAAGGCAGCUGAUUGCAGAACUAGAAAACAAGAACAGAGAAAUCUUACAGGAGAUCCAGAGACUGAGGCUGGAACAUGAACAGGCUUCUCAACCCACUCCAGAGAAGGCCCAACAAAACCCCACUCUGCUGGCAGAACUCCGGCUCCUCAGACAGCGCAAGGAUGAGCUGGAACAGAGAAUGUCUGCUCUCCAGGAGAGCCGGAGAGAGCUAAUGGUUCAGUUAGAGGGUCUGAUGAAGCUUCUAAAGACGCAGGGGGCAGGCUCUCCUCGCUCCUCCCCCAGCCACACCAUCAGCAGGCCCAUCCCCAUGCCUGUCCGGUCAGCAUCUGCCUGUUCCACCCCGAUUCACAUGCCUCAGGAUUCUCUCACAGGGGUCGGGGGAGAUGUGCAAGAGGCGUUUGCACAAAGUUCAAGAAGAAAUUUAAGGAAUGACUUACUAGUGGCAGCAGAUUCCAUCACUAACACUAUGUCCUCUCUUGUGAAAGAGCUGAAUUCAGAGGUGGGAAGUGAAACUGAGAGUAAUGUGGAUUCUGAAUUUGCACACACUCAGUUUGAGGAACUGGUUCCAUCACCAACCUCUGAAAAGGCUUUUCUAGCCCAAAUCCAUGCCCGAAAACACGGAGAAGCUACCCCAAGCACCAUGCGGAGUGACUUGGUUACAGAAGAUGGGGAUCCCUACGUGCGGCCUGAAGAUGAAAACUAUGAGGAAGAUUCAGUCCGGCAGCUGGAGAAUGAGCUUCAGAUGGAGGAGUACCUGAAACAGAAGCUGCAGGAUGAAGCCUACCAGGUCAGCUUGCAAGGUUGAAUACAAUAUCCUUUUAUCACUCUCCUCUCAAGCAAGCUAUAGUCAGACAGAUGAUGAAGGUAACAUGAAAACUGAUGAUGAAGGAAAGCGCUGUGUGUACCCACAGAGGAGAAGACAGCAGCCUGGCAGCAACCUCAUCGAAGAGAGAAAUCACCACCAUACGCACCCGCUCCCAGCAGACCCCCAUCCCUAAGAUGUAUUCUGCCGACCAUAGUGCAGCUAACUUAUUUGUUCUAAAAUUUGUAGUUCAUAGGUGUGUGUUUGGAGAAGAAAAACAAAAACAAGAUUUCUGUUGGAUGCUAACAUAGCUACAUCUUCUGUAACAUGACUCAUCCCCUGGUUAAAAUAAAACAGGCUGAAAACCCCAGCUGCCAUUUGUCACAGUGGCAGUGUUAACAAGCAUCUCAGACCUUUGCACAUGAUACUGAACCUGUUUUGUUUACAAUGACACUAUUAAUAACUGUUUAUAGCUAGAAAUUUGAUUUCUGGAAUUCUUUGAGAUUUUAGCAAAACUGUUUCUUAUACACUGUAAUCCCCCUCCCCCAUGGCAAUUGGGAAAAAA